AUGUCUAUCUUCCAAGCCACUCUUCUAAUAUCUUAUUAUGGUCCAAUUGUACUAUUUUCCAUUGGAAUUCCAGCAGCUUUAUUGAAUGCUAUUAUUUUUAUGGGUAUAAAAACACUUCGACAAUCUCCUACUAGCUACUAUGUUGUUGGUCAAUCGCUCGCCGAUAUGAGUGCCUUGUUAGUCGUGUUUCUUCAAGCUGUACCAUCAACAUCAAUGUUAGCAUCAUCCAUUGCAUGCAAAUUGAGUUUGUUUUUUCUUCAGACAACAGCAUGUUUAGCAAUGAGUUUUCUGUGUUUGGCUGCUUUCGAUCGAUGGGCAUCUACAUCUCAAUCAGUUCGCAUACGCCAAUUAAGUUCAAUUCGAAUAGCUCGUCGUCUCUUGCCUCUACCUUUUCUUAUCUGGCCACUUGUCAAUAUUCCUUUUUUCAUCUAUACUGACUUGAUACCACCUACUUACAAUUGUUGGUUCACCAGCAGUUUAUUUGAACAGAUUGCCAAUUAUUUUCUUGAUCCCAUGCUUGCUGUUGUUUUUCCACUUUCUAUUCUAAUUGCUUUCGGCCUGUUAACAUGUCGAAAUAUUCGUCUUGUUACUCAUAUUAGACAACAACCUAAUCAAACUCAUAUGCCAAUGUGGGAACAGCAAAUGACGAGAAUGAUGCUUUCUCAAACUCUUGUCAGUGCCAUAUUAGAUGAAGCCGUUGAAGAAAUCAAACGAGAAAAUCCAAAUUUCAACGUGCUGAAAGUUCAAGAUAACUCGCCUGUGACGUUAGAUUUUGGAUUCAAUCGUGUUCGUGUUUUCUACAACGCGCAUGGCAAAGUUUCACAAACUCCACAUAUUGGCUGA